GUAGUGGGGAUUCUGCAUUCAUGUCUAAUUACAACAUUCGGCAACAAUGCCUCCGUCUUGCUGGAACCUGCCAAGUAGGGCUGCUUCUGACCUGGGUGAGACCUGCAGGAAUCAGAGCGAGUACGGGGUCCUGUUGCUCUCUGAAGGCUUUGGCUGGCAAGGUCUUGUCCAGUAGAACUCGCCUCUUAUCACAGCCAUGCUAACGGCAGGAUGAAACUGGAGGCUGUCGUGGAACAGCUGCAGAAGCAGCAGCAGCAGCAGCAGCAUCAGGCCCCUCUGCAGAUGGAUUCCAGAGAGAGACAACAGAGGCAGGUCAGAGAAACCCAGCUGCAUUAUGCUCAGCAGCUGACGGUGCAGCAAGCUGCUCUUGCAGCCACAUGUGGCAAGGCUUCGGGGGGGCCGUUCCUGGGUCCUUCGGCCAGAGUCCCGCCUGUGCUUGGGGCCGCCCGAACAUUUGAUCAGAGCAGCAUGAACUCGGAGGAGGAGGAGGAAGAGGAAGAGGAAGAGGAAGAGGAAGGAGAAGAGGAUUUGGAAGAUGGUGAUCUUGAGGAUGAUGCUCCAAGGACUGGGAAGGACACGUGUUCCGCUUUGAAGUAUUUUCAGGCUUCCAAAGUCGCCCCGCACAACCAAAGAGUGGCUUCUUCCUCUAACCCCCUGCCGACUCUCGGGGUGCAGCAGGGACAACAGGGAAAGGACGAGCAGGGUAAAGAGCCUCUGAACCCUCCAUAUUCUGGCUCCGCAUCUCGGAGGCAGGCCUGGAGGUUGGAUGACCAGCUCAAGCAGAAUGGGAGCCUGAGCUGGAGUGAAGAAGCUGACGGCGGCAGAGGAAGAGAGGUGUCUCGAGACUUCGCCAAGUUGUAUGAACUGGAUAGUGACCCUGAACGGAAGAAAUUCCUGGAUGACCUUUUUGUCUUUAUGCAGAAGAGGGGAACGCCCAUCAACCGCAUCCCCAUCAUGGCGAAGCAGAUCCUCGACCUCUACAUGCUCUACAAGCUGGUGACAGAGAAAGGAGGGCUGGUGGAGAUCAUCAACAAGAAGAUCUGGCGGGAGAUCACCAAAGGCCUGAACCUGCCCACCUCCAUCACCAGCGCCGCGUUCACCCUCCGCACCCAGUAUAUGAAGUACCUCUAUGCCUACGAAUGUGAGAAGAAGUCCUUAAGUUCUCCCACGGAGCUGCAGGCCGCCAUUGAUGGCAACCGGCGGGAAGGCCGGCGGCCCAGUUACAGCUCCUCCUUGUUCAGCUACUCCCCGGCGGCCACGGGGGCCCCAUCGCUCCUGUGCCCUCCGAAGAUCCGCUUCCCCCUCGUCGGCCUCGCCCCCGGCAGCGGCACCAGCAGCUCCCCCCUGCCUCCAGCGGGCGCGCUCAGGAAAGGUGACGGCAUCCCCCUGACUGUGUCCACGCCAAAUCGUAUCGCCGUGCCUGUGGCCCUGGCAAGCCAGCAGGCCACCGUAGCCGCGGCCAGGACGGCCACGCUGGAGCAGCUGAGGGAGAGGCUGGAGUCCGCCGAGCCUGCCGAGAAGGUGGCACGGAUGACGGAGGAAGAGCAGCGAUUCGUCCAGCAGGCGUUUCAGCGGAACCUGCUCAGCAUGGCGCGGCAGCUGCCCAUGAAGAUCAAAAUCAACGGGCGAGAGGAUAAAUCCGACUCUGCAGCAAGUGCAGCGGCAGCAUUGAAUUGGGCCCCUUCUGGCUUUGGAAGCAUUAAUAUGUCCGUGGAGAUCAAUGGCACAAUCUAUGCAGGAGUCCUGUUUGCCCAGAAGCCGGUGGUCCACCUCAUCGCCGGGUCCAGCGCCCAGAGCAGCGGCGGGGGCAGCAGCGGCGGGGGCGGGGGCGGCUCCUCCUCCUCGCACUGCUCACCCAGCCCCACCUCCUCCAGGGGCACCCCCAGCGCCGAGCCCUCCACCAGCUGGUCUCUCUGAGGAGAAGGAGGAGGAGGAAGCCGGUGGGCCAGCCGGGCAGGCGUGUGUGCAGGCGUCCUCCCCUCUGGCCUCCACCGGCUCCUCAAGGCGCGACUGGAGUCCCGCUGGCCACCUCGCCUUGAGGGACCUGCUCCGCGACUGGCCUGUGGUGGAGGAGGACCGGAGAGUCCAUGCCGGCCACAUGGCUCACUGCCCGUGUAGCCUUUCUUCAGGUCUUGCUGUGUCCUCUAGGGAAAGAGGGUGGGGGCGGACACAGGGCGUGUUUCAAUCAGGGACUCUCUGGACGGGCCCCCGUGCAUUUCUGUAGAUGACUGAGCGUCGCCACCGUAAGCAAAAGGCCGAGGCAAGGAACCCAGUUUUCAAGCCAGGACCCCCAAGAAUUCCUCUCCCCCCUCCCCCCCCCCACCCUGGCAACAUGAUUGCAGUGUAUUGACAAUCCGACCCACAGAGGCCAGAGGGUGGGGAGGGGGUGGGAACGUGACUCUUUUCUCUCCCCUCCCACAGCCACGCCCUUAGAAUCUGCCUUUGCAGCGCGCUCUCAAACGCCGCCUUGACCCUGCUGUGCUUCGUUGGCGGGCGAUCCUAAGCGUAUCCCUCUUCCUGGGCGUUCUUCCAUCUUGCCUGCUGGCUGCCUUGGGCUGGAAGGGCCGGGGCAUUCCUUGCCCCUUCCCUGUCCUCCUUGGGCUUUGGUCUGCCACCUUCCUCCGGGGGAUGGUGAGACCUCCGCAUCUGCAGCGUGGAGCAGCACGAUUGGGGCGGGGGGGGGGGGUGGGCGGCCUUUCGCAGCCAGACUGCAAGCGGAGCCGUAGGGCGGCAGGCGGGCUCUUCUCCGCAGCUUUACCCGGCCUUUGCUGCCAUGGGGCGUGCCGGUCCCCGGAGGCUGUUCAACAGCCUCACUCUUUCGGGCGCCUUCCUUCAUGCUUUGAUCUGUGACGUUUCUUGGCUCUGUUCUUUCCAUCCCGGGGAUGAAUGGAGAUGUGGGUCUUUUUUAAAAAAAAUAAUCAGUUCUUGCCAGCCAAAAUUCUAAUGAGAUCCCCCCCCCCCGAGAGGCGCUUCUGUUUCCCCCUCCCUCCCUCUCUCGGCCUCUUUAUCUCCCAGAAAUAGAGUGGGGACUUGGAGGACCCGGAUGCUGGAAGUGGCCGGUUUGCCCCGCAGCACCGCCCAUGUUCACUCGCCUGCUGAACCCUGUGGCAAGGACCCCUGUGGCCCUUUGCGUGCCUGCGUAGCCCAUGCAGUGGGGAGCUGGCUGCUCCCUGAGCGUUUGUGGGGCAUCCCAGGGGGCUGCAUCGGAGCCCUGCAGCCAGAGGCGUCCUGAUGCCUCCCCGUGGUUUCCCUUUCCAGGUCCUCUGGCUGAUAUCUUGGCUGCCACAUCUCUCCCCCUGUCCCCUCGUCCCCCACAAAUGGAUUCCUCUGCUUUUUUGUUUGUUUGUUUUCCCCUAUGCCUGCCUUCCCCAACGGGGCAUCCUCAAGCUGGCUGGGGAUGAUGGGAGUUGUGGUCCAACCCAUCAGAAGGUUCCCCACUUGGGGAAGGCUGCCCCUCUGCGCACCCGCCCUCCUGUGCCUCCCUGGAACACCCCCCCGUGUCUUUCCGCUCUGCCCUUACAGCUGACUGCCCCGCCCCCCCCCCCCCGCCUGUCCAUCCGUCUAUUGGAUGGACAAGCCCCGUCUCCUUGCCAACAGGGAUCAGGCCCCCCCUCCACCUCUUACCCUGGCAAAUCUCGGUCAUCCUACAGGUCUGCACCGGCUUUUCCAGAGCAGACGAAAUACCUCAGAAAUAUGUACUUAUUGCUGUGUUUGUUGGUUUUAUUAUUUUUUUCUGCUCUUCUGGAAGGAUUUGCAUAUGUUAAAGCUUCUUUUUAUAUGUCUUGUUGACUGCUUUUUAUUUUUAAUUUUAUAUAUUGUAGCACCAAAGACACACCCAAAAAGAAAAAGAAAAAGGCAACCGCCUGGGUGAAGGAUCAGAAAGCUUUGCUGUAUUCAGCGUAGCAUGGAGGCACUUGGGGCACUUGGUGUCUCAGGCGCGGGGUGCUAGGAGGUGAUGGCGGCGGCGGCAGGCUAGUUCUUCCUCAACGGGAUCGUCUCUCGCUUGUUUGUGGCAGGGGCAAGUUCUCCUAGAGGGGUUUGUGGCCUGGGCCUAGAACCUCCAGCAGGCCAUGCUACUUUCCUCCGGCUCUUGUGCCAUUUCAGCCUUGCCCAACCCUAGAAUGCCCCCCACCCCGACUGUUUUUCCAAAGCGGAAUUUGGCCCCCAGGCUGAAAGAGGUUCAACACCCCACCCCACCCGAUUUACGAGUUCAGGAUUUUGCAAAGUGAUUCCACGUUAGGUACAUCCUGAUGACUCCAGCUUUGGUCACGUUCUUGUUUACUUGUUGUGACUCUUGAGGUAAAAAUCCGGCCACACGUAGGAUUAAUUCUCAGCUUGUUGAGACUACUCUGGUUCUUGUAGGAUCCAAACCCAUGUGUGCACAGUAGAUUUUAACUCCAGCACCAAACCGUUUCGGCAAACAACUGAAAGGCAGUGGAGGCCUGUCUAACAAGAGAGUUGCUCCCGCUUUAUUGGCUACUUCAUAGCAACGGUGGUUUCCCAGGGGAGGCCAGGCCUCCAGUGUAGGACGGCAGCAUUCCAGGCACUUUGGUCCCUGGGAAGCUGCGGAAUUGUGUGGCACUACUUGCUGUCGGCCCGGAUUCUUCCCUUGGCAUCAGCCGUGCCUCCGGACAAAUGCCUGCAGAGGAAAGCGCUCCUGGGGAGUUGCAUAUGAACAUAUUGAUAAUGAAUGAAUCAAGCAAAAUAAAAAAACUUCCUCUCUGGACAGAUCUUUGUGCACAGAACGCUGGUGCUGCUCACAUUGGUUCCUCCAGAAAGAAACAUCAUUCUGUGUUCAAUUUUGGUACAGCGUUUUUCAGGUAUGUUCCUCUGCAGUAACACGUCCAAAGGCCCUGCUCCCACAGAGGAACGGGUUGUUUGAAACACACACACACACACACCACGGAACAGGCUGGGUGGCGAACAGCCUCCCCAGAUGUGUUUCUUGUCUCCUCCGUCCUUGAGAGCGUCUGGUGGACGGAUGCUGACGGCUCCUUCCCAAAGGUAGCCUUGUCAGCAGUUUCCGCUGGCCUUCCACAAAGCCAAUUUCAGCCUUGACUCUGCCCAACCUUCCUUUUCAACUAAUUUGGCCGUUUUCCAGCAGAAGCCAUAUUGAGCAAAGCAACAGCACGUUUGUCCGUCCACAAAUCAGAUUUGCCAGAAUGACAAAGCCUACAAUUCCCGUGGAAAGUCCUGGGUCUGAUUGUAAAUGUUAGUCCUGGACCAGGGGUAGCACCGGAUGGGUCACAUCUUAGCUGCUCUUCAGCCAAAUUUUAAUCAAGGUGUGGUCAAUAGCCUGUCCAGUGUAUGUGUGUUUGUGCGUAUAAGAGAGAGAUUCCGCACUCCAGUGUUAUCUCUCUUCAUCCAACAGCUACUUCAAAAAGCAAUGAGACUUUGGAUAUUUCCCAGCAGGCUAAAACUGUCCAUUAGAAUUUAAGAGGAGGAGGAAAAGGAAGAGGAGGAAAUGAAAGUAGCCUAAUGCUUCAAUUCGGACCAACUCAGCAAGCUUUGGAGCUCUCCAGAGCUCUUCUGCAUCCCAUCUGAAGAAAAGUUUUGGCAAACUUGUGAGCUUGCGCAUUUUUGUGAUGUUUCCGUUGGCCUGAUGAAGGCAUCACGCUACUUUUGGCUAUUUCCUGCACAUGGCAUCGUGCCAUCCUGUCAAGGACAUUCCAGAAAGACGGAAGGAUCGCUUGCCAGGCUACCUCUCGAGCACAUCUUUUGAGAAGAAAUUCUGCCCCCGUCUCCGGUUGAUAACCUCAUUCUCCGCCCCCUGCCCCCCACCCCACCCCACUGCAUGCGUGCCGUGACCAGGAAGCUCCUUCACGCGAGGUGCUGCAGAGCUUUUGGUCUGUCAGAAGACCCUUCCGGCCCCUGCCCCCGCCCCUACUUGGCUUCCCUUAGCCUCCCACUGCUCCAGUGCCUGGCUGUCCCUCCCUUCGAAGAGGGUGACGAGAGGCCAGCUGGAGGCUGGGCCCAUCCACAUCCAGGACUUGCCUUCCGUUCACACGGGGCACUUUUUAAAGACCCCCGCUGCUCCCAUUUGGCCUGAAAGCCCCCCAGCUCCAGGGGCAGGAGCCUGUGGUGAAAUAACGUCUCGAUAAUAGUAACGCCACACCGCAGGCACAGCUGACCUGAUGAAUUCCACCAGCUGAUGUCUUGUAGAGGACGAUGAGAUUGCGAAAGGUGCUUCUGGCUUGAGCUUUGUCCACCUGGCUUCACCAUCUGCUGUUUUUGGCCCGUUGCUUUUCACUUCGAACUGUGCAGGAGGAGUUCUUCUGUGAAUCUUCCGAAGCGUUUGGGUGCCUGAAGUUAUUUAAUUGUGUGUAAUUUUUCUCCAGUGGCAUUUAGCAGAGCAGUGGCAGUGGUUGUGUUCCAGCUUGUGAAGUGGCGCUCCCAGCAGUACUUCUGUGAAAUCGGGAUCGCCUCUGCAUUUAUUUGUUUUUUAAGAGUAGGUUUCUAGCCCUCAUGUUUUGGAGGCUGGGGAAAACCUAAAGAUGUGCCGUGUGGCUGAGCUUUCCUACAGGUCCUUCCUGCAGUAUUCAUUGAAUCCCAGCUUUCCCUCUUUAGUCCUUUCCCAAGUGGAGCACAAAAAGCAAAACCCUGCCAUCGUCUAAAUGAAGUGACUGGUUUGCACACUUAGGUGGGUUUCCUCAUUUCCAGAUGGCGGGGUUGGGGAGGUGGGAGCAGGGAUUUGCUUUUCCUGAACACUUUCUUUCUCAUAAGCUUCUGAGAACAGUGAACUCUUGGGUUUCUUGCUUACUGUGGGUCAAAGUAGAUGUAAAAGGAGCAGGGGCUGUUUCUUUUUUAAUCUGGGCCUGCUCUGAUCAUGUAUAAAGCAAGGGUGGGCAAUUGGUUGUGUGUGUGUUUAACAAAAGGUGGGUGCCUGGUGAAGUAGAGCCGAACGCACACACGCACUGAACUCUUUCCUGAAGACAAAACCAAAACGGCUCAGCCCACUCUCCGUUUUAUUCGCGAUUUUGAGCAGACCUGGGUUUCAAAGAAACAUGCCUCCAGCCGCCACGCCUGAUCUGGUCCCGUUGCGCUUGCGAACGUUUGCAUUCCUUGCACAGAAAAUGGCUUGGAUCCCGGACGUGGCCUCCGCACCACAAGAGUAUUCGUGCCUGUAAGCUUCUUACGCUGCGAAACUGGAACUAGGCAGGGAACGAAAGGGUUGUUCUUACCCAGUUCAGGGAAAAGGGUAGAUUUGUGGAUUUGUAACAAUAUAUAUAAAUAAAUAUAUAUAUAUAAAUAUAUAUACCUCAUUAAAACAAGCUGCAGCAUCCAACCUGGACCCGAGAUUGUUUUCUGGGUCAGCCGUUUUGGACUGUGAACAUCCACCCGCCUCCGUCUCCACCCUGUUUCUGAUGCUGAUUCGCUUGACUGGAGUUGUGUAGCUGUUCCUGCUGUGCUGCGGGGCUUGGGGCGGACGGGUCAAGAAACCAGCAGCGGGUUUUGACGUGGGGCUUCACCCUGUCGUACCUGACUCUGGACGUUAAAAAGAUUGUAUGGCACUCAGGGCUUUUGAUAUGAUGGGGAGGGCUGUCUUCCCAGCAAUGGUUUUCGUUGUGCAGGGCCGCUUCCCUUUUCCCUCCUCCCAAGUGUUCUGCCAGGGAGCUUUGUGGCGAGAGGCCAUGCCGGAAUCGAGUCCCUGUGCUUUUGGCCUCAGGCAGGUUUGGCUGCCUGGCUGAACCGUGCCAGAGCUCCCGAAGGCGUGCGAAGCUGCCUCCUGCCGAGUCGGAAGCCCAGGCCCAGGCUCAGCGCCCGCAUUGUCCCACAACUGGCAGGGGCCCUUCCUGGUGGUCUGCCCCAGGUCCUUUUCUGCCGUCCGUCUGGGGGUUGAGCGUUGGGCUUCUGCACACGCAGCUGCUCAGCUGCUGCUCCUCCGCUGUGCUACGGCCCCCCUCUCCAACUGCCGUGGGCCUGUCGGGCCCCAGGGCCUUUGGGGAGCACCAGGAGACGGAAGGGCCGGGACUCCUUCAGCCGUCACAGGGGCAAGCAGGAGCUCUUCUCCCGACACAGACGCUCAGGGUCCUCCCAAGCGAAUGGGAUCGGUCUGCGUAGCUACAGCCCUUUCUGGCGGCUGCUGCCGUGGCCUUGCAGAGCGAUCCGAAGGAGGAGAGGAGGACGGCGCUGCUCCCAAACCGCCCCGCAGCAGCAGCCCUGCAACUAGUUCUUUUUUUCUUAACUAUUUAAAGGAAGAAAUAAAAUGUGAUAGCCUAGAUGGUGAAUAAAUAAAUACCUCAGACGUCUCCUUCCAGCAAGUGUCUGUAUAUGUUGUUGGUGGAUUUUUUUUCUAUCUUACAUGUUAUCUGAAUGUUUAUAUUCCAAUAAACUUCUACCUCUUCAUACGA